AAUGAGAUCUCAUAGAGCUUAUCAAAUGUUACUUAAUUCAUUUAAUUUCUAUUUUUUUCAGAUCUUUCAAAAAACCGGUUCAGCGAGCUUCCGGAAGAGGUGCUUCGGUUCCAUUUUCUGGAGCGGCUACAUUGUUACCACAACUCGAUCAGAUACAUACCAGACAUGGUCUGCAAUCUGCAAUGCUUGAAUUUUUUAGAUCUCAGCCGUAACCAACUCACCACCCUGCCGCGAGAGCUGUGCCAUUUACCCAUACAGAUCCUGCUAGUCUCGAACAACCAACUAACCUCUCUUCCCGACGAGUUGUGCCGCAUGCAGUCAUUGGCCGAGCUGGACGCCAGCAGCAACCGGUUGACGCAUCUGCCGCCGCGCAUGGGCGAGUUGCACAGGUUGCGCGCGUUGUCGUUGCGCGGCAACCUGCUGCUGGCCGUGCCGGUGGAAUUGACGCAACUGCAGCUGGUCAGGCUGGAUCUGAGAGGCAACAGGAUUGCGCAACUUCCGUUGGAGACCAGGCGGAUGGCGGAUCAUCUUGUGGAGUUGCUGUUGGAUGAUAAUCCAUUGACUAGUCCGCCGCCUACGGUAUGCAAACGCGGUCGAGUGCACGUCUUCAAAUACCUCGAAAUGGAAGCCUCGAAACGAGGAACGACACCCACAGGCACCCUGACGAACAACGGAGUGGGCGGCACCCUAGGAAGGCGACAGCGACGCAGCAACAACAACGGGGGCAGCGGGUCGCCACUGUUGCCAUCCGCCAUCCCUGGAGAUCGACUUAGAAAGAACAGGCAGAACGCGGAUAGCGGAUACAGUACUGCAUCAGACGGAGGGUGGACACAGGAGAUUGCACAGCAAGUUAAGACAAUAGACCAAAACUCACAAUCAACAUUAUCAACGCCUUCAACGAUAUCACCAGCACCUGAAUGCACCAUGUAUGAUGAAGAUACACCAAAAACGAAUAGUAAUAGUAGCUUUUCUAAUGAUUUUGACAAAUUAGAUGGGAUCAAAAAUAGAGAUUUGAAUAGUGUUCGUAUAAGCCCUUGCAGCGAUUCUACCUUAACUAACAGCAAUGGAAUUGACGAUAAGAAGCCUUUACACCAAAUACAAACAUACAGGGAGUACAAAGAAGCCCUGAAGCAGCAACGAGCCCAAGACGUGCCUUCGAUAUAUCGCAGCAAAGAUGGAGAACAGCACAGCUACAAAACAGAACCAAAUACGCCCACGCAUCAUGCUGUAGAACCGCGAACGUUGGCCACAUCAAAGUCGGAUCCGACGCCUUUGAAUUCGGCGUUCGGCACUCCCAGGACCAUCUUUGAUGAUACUAGUGUAAGCAAGAAGCCGGUGCAGAAGGUUAUUCCAUCUCGAACAUACUCUCCCACUCCGCACCACCCGCCUACCCAUCUGAACGGCAUAUCCGACCCACAAAUGCCUACUCCGCCCACAUACGUCAAACCGCGUUCGCCUAAUCACAACAGCGCAGGCGCGAUGGGCCACGAUAGGAUACCAAACGGCAAGGGGGUGUGUCUUCAGACGCUGACCGCUCCCACACCCAAAGGGUCGUGUCUGCAACAGACCACACCCAAAGGAGCGGGCAGUGGUAAAAUAGGCGUGGUCAAGACGAUCAGCUGGGAUAGGGAGGUGGCUGCGCAGGGAAAAACGGCGGAGAAGAUGAGUUUUACGAUGAGGAGGGAGAUAGAUAAGGCGAAGGAGGAGACUGAGUUGAUUAAUCAGCUGAGGAAUAUAAUCGAGACAAGGCUGAAAAUGGUCUUACCGGAAGACCUAGCUCCAGCACUGACAGACGGAGUAGUAUUGUGCCAUCUAGCAAACCAUAUCAGGCCCAGAUCAGUGGCCAGUAUUCACGUACCAUCGCCAGCUGUUCCUAAACUUACCAUGGCCAGGUGUCGGAGGAACGUAGAUAAUUUCCUCGAAGCCUGUCGCAAGAUUGGAGUAGACGAGAAUCUGAUAUGCUGUGCUUCGGACGUCCUGGAAGGUAAAGGUUUGGUGCAGGUGGCGAUCACCGUAACGGAGCUGCUAAGGUUCCACAUGCCCAAGUCGCCGUUACACGCGACAUCCGUAUCGACUGUGGUUUAAGAUAAUAAUGCAUACAAGUGUGAUUUCAUCUCGUUUAGACGUACUAGUUAUAUUGGUAAUUUAAGAUUUUCAUAUGACGCCCCUGGUGGGGCCCACUAGAGAAGAAGCUGACAGACAAAACUUUCAGUUCGAACAAGAAGCUUCCGACAAUCAGUGACUUAAUCAUUUAACGUAUUUUCCUGAACAGCCAACCAGAUACUGUAUUCCAAAAACGAUCUGGAAGAUACUAGUGCCAUCUUUGAAAGGGUAGAACAAAAAAUGAAUUUAGAUAUUUACUUUGAAAAGAGUUUGAGUAGUUCUUCUACUCCCUCAAAGGUGGCGCUAGGAUCUUUAAUAUCUUUUUGCAAACACGCUAACUCUAACUCAAGCUAGGUUUCUAAAUUCAUUUUUGUGUUCUGCUACUGUCUCCUAGAUGGCGCUAGUAUAUUUCGGAUCCCUUUUUAAAUUUAAUCAGUGCUUAAGUACAACAAUCCAAUCCAAUUUCCCAUGACAUUUCUGAUCCACAUUUUUAUCCCCACUGACCUACUAUUGGAGAUCGCCAGAAACUCAUACUUGGAAAAACUCUCUAGAUAACCAUUAUUAUAAUGUUCUUUCAUAAAAUGUGAGAGAUGAUCACUACUCUUAAGAACAAAAUUACAACGCAACUGGACGGCUGAUAUCGACAAUUGCAACUUCUCGAACAACUACAGUAGCUCAUGUGUCUGAACUUAGCUUCGAUUCACCGCUACCGUAGCUUUUCAAUAAUCGAGUUUACAAUGGUGGCCACCAGAGGGCGCAACGCUAAGCGCUUAAAUCGGAAAUGGUAUACACUUUUCUUGAUGCCGUAGAAUAUUUCCAUCACCGUUUUUUUAGCAAUUUGGAGCCAUCUUAUAUAUACUAAUAUGGGUUUCUCAGUAUGAAUGUUUUUAUGUGCAAACAUGACACCGAAAAAAAUACUAAUCGACAAACAGCAAGCGCAGCUUUGGAGGUUGUUACACCCCAGAAUAAUUAUGUACGAACGAACGACGAGUUUGAUCAAACAAUUCCAUGAAACUUUUGGACAGUAGCAAACCUUCUUGAGACACUCAAGUUUCAAGUAAUGGCGUUUCUGCCUUCACUUAAAUCCUUUCAAUAUACCUUUAUUUAUUUGCGAAAUUCUAUCAAGUUGCAAAACGUUUCUUAUGAUGGAAAUAUUCAUAUGUGUUACAUUAUGAAUCUUGGAGAAGUGUGUUGUAUAACAAGCGAUUUCUUUUGAUUUUUGUACUCGCAUCGAUUUAGUGUUCUGAAUGUAAUUUCGUUGUAAUAUAUAUAUAAAAACUCGAAUGAAUACAAAAAAAAAAUAGUGUGAUCACCAUCAAAGGCAUUUUGUAGCAGAGGAGAGGAGGUAGGAAACAAAUUUGAGUUGUGCAAUCACAUUCGAUUCUCAUUUGAUACCUGUUUGUUGUGAGGAUGCAUAAUUGUCAUUGACAGUAUUGACACAUGCUAAUGUCAACUAUCUUGUUCUUGUUACUUUCGAGUCACAAGGCAAGUCUUCCUCAUUUUAAGAAGGCUUCAAAACGUGGUUAAUAAACAUGAAAUUGAUCGAUAUCCUGCCAUUCUUAAUCUGUCUUAUUAUGAACGGCACACGUUUCUUUGUCUCGAAUUGAAAAAGUGAUAAGUAUAAUUUAUUUCUAGAUUUAGGUUUUCUCCACAGCACAUAUCUUACUUAUCUAACUGUAUAUAUAACUUAUAUUGUGUGUAAUAUAUUCCCUUGAACAUGUAGAUUAUCUAGGUAGCAUCUACUGUCGACAAAACUUAUAAUCAAAAUAUUUUUCUCUAUUCUAAUGCAAGAUGUAUUUAUCCGUUUUUAGUCUCAGAUAUAUUUUUGAUAUGUUUUUCAUUUUAUUUUUAUUUGAUGUGAAUGAACUUAGCGUAAGCAAAAUGAACUGAGAAAAAUCUAAAUAGUAAAGGAAUACUUGAUGCUCAAUCGCGGUAUUAGACAAAAUUAGAUCACUGCCACAUUAAAGGAUUGGAAGUGUACAUUAAAAUAAGUUUAGUAAAUGUAUGGUGCUAAGUGUCAGUUCAUUUUGGUUCAUAUAAGACAGGUAGUAUUCUUUCCUAAACAGCUAAUUGUAGCAAAAAGAAAACAUAGUAUACAGAUUGAAACUAAUUUUACUUUGUGAAAUUUCCCCAACACUUAUUUAAGUUGAAAUACUAUUAUCUUAUUCUCAUAUUUAUACUAUAUUUGCCGUAUAUUUUAUUACAAAAUAUGUUAGCUGUUUAGAUAGAAGAUCGCCAUGUUCACAAAUCAGUAGUAUUAAGUUAUCGUAAAUUUGGUUUGUUUUAUGCAUUUUUUUUCUUUCGAAAAAUGCGUAUAUUCAACGCUUAAAAUGGUUUAUGGUAUUAUAACGAAGGUUUUCCAUUGUUGGAUCCUCUAUAAAAAUUCUGCUUCAAUUAUUUUCAAUCGGAUUGAAUUUCUUCAAUUGUUAAUGUACCCAUUUUUGCAGCAGAAUUUAUUAGGGCCAGCUAUUUUUAAUUGACAAGUGCCCAAAUAAAUCCACGUUAUUUUUUGGUGUCUGACACGCAGUCAGCCUUUUCUGAAGUUCAACCGCAAACGACAACUUUGUUAUUCUUUUACUCGUUGGCUGUAUACUCCGUUUUUUUACUGCUUACAACAUAUCAUUAUUAUAGUACCAUAAACUGGGUAGCUAAGUGAAAAUUACAUUUUAAGCUAUAAGCUACUUAAUAGUGUAUCGAGUUAUAUAUUAUCGUUUAUAUUCUUUACUAUGCGGUCUUUGUCAUCUUUCCAAUUUCACACAUACAUUAUAAGUAUUCUAAACAAGUGCCAAAGAUUUUUAUACAUUUAAUAUUUAGAAAUGUGUUAGUAGUCUUAUGCAUAUACCUCAAUCAAUGUUUUCAGUCUUGGAAAGACAACGUUUAUUUCAGAAGAUAGCAUCUAUUCUAUUUAUGCGCGAAAACACAACUGAACAAACUAACAGUAAUUUAUUAUUUAAUUUAUAACAUCACUAAUAACAAUUUAUAUUAGAGUCGCGAUUCGCUCGCUUGCUGAUUGACGGAGACUCUCACCUUUCAAUUGACUGCCUGCACUGUCUGUUCUCGAUCGCUCUAGAAGGUACCGGAGUGUUAUCAAAAAAUCGAAAUCGGUAGAUAGUGUCAUUCAAGUUCGGUAGAUUCAAGGACCCAAUCGGAAGAAGGAAAAAAUCACGGCGAUUGCAAGAUUAGAGGUAGAUCAAGGGCCUUUGCGUCACGCAGAGCCGUCUAUGAAAGUAGUAUAUUUUUGGUGAAAUCCUACAUGUUUUUUGAAAGCAUCUUUUCACGAAAAAUUAUCAACUUCUUUAUUACAACUUGUAAAGGGCUUUCCAUUAAGGACUUGACAACUUUCUUUUCAAAUAAAAUUUAAACCAUUUGAGAUAUCUCGAGAAUUUUAUUAUUGGAUUGAUCAAAACAUUUAUGUAUGGAAUUCGACCUCGUUCAUAUGUCCACCACGGGCACGUACGCAGCGCUCGAUUCGUUGAACCCAAUUUUCAAUGACUCGGUCACAUAUUUCGACAGCAACGGCCGCUAUCUCCGUUCAAUAUUGGCUCUGAGCUCCUCUAACGACGCCGGCUUGUUGGAAUAGACCAAUGAUUUAGUGUAGACCCACAAAAAAGUCUAGAGGUGUUAAAUCACAUGAUCUAGGCGGCCAUUCGACAGGACCAUUUCUCGAUAUAACACGUUCACCGAAUUUUGUUUUCAGUAUGUCGAGUGUUUCACCCGCUGUGUCGCUUGUGGCCCGUCUUGUUAAAACCACAUAUCAUUAAUGUCUAGCCCAUCCAAUUGACCAAAAAGUGCCGUUGCAACAUGUCUCUGUAGCGGUCUCGGUUGACUGUAACGUGACGCGUGACGGUCAUUUUCAUUAACGAAAAAAAAAAACAAAACGGCCCAGUGACACCACCGGCAUGAAAACCCCACCAUACAGUUAUUUUUUGAGGAUGAAGUGGUGUUUCUUGAAGCAUAUGAGGGUUUUCACCUGAGCAAUAACGCGUAUUCUGUUUGUUGACGAAGCCGUUUAGCCAAAAAUGCGCCUCAUCACUGAAGAUGAUUUUGCGAUGAAAUUGGUUAUUUUCUUGCAACAUUUCUAGGACCAAAUUUGAGAACGUACGUCGGUUCCUAUGAUCAAACGGCUUUAGUUCUUUAGUAAACUUGAUCUUAUAAGCGUGCAGGCCAAGAAAUCUUCGCAAAAUUCGCUAUAGUGUGGUCUGAGCGAUGGCCAAUUCUUGAGAACGCCGUGGAGUCACCACUCGAAAUUUCGGUAGUAAAUUUUAAUUAUUUGUAAGCCUUGUUCGUUCGUGUACUUCACCAUGAUGAAAAUGUUUUCUUUAUUGAAUGUUUUGACAUUGACAGUUCGGUAACUGAUUAAAAGGAGCGUUCACAGUGAAAGUUCAAAGUUGUCAAGUCAAUAUUGAAAAACCCGAUAUAAUGAGCUUACUAGUCGCACUUCAUAUUCCUUUGCAACCAUCCGGGAAACUCCUUUCCUCAUUCUUGUUUAUAAGAUUGUGUAUAGUUUAUCCUUGAACUUAGCCCGUACAGUUUAAUUCAAUUAAAAACUGGCGAGUAUUUUACGCGCAAAAACUAAUCCCGGAAAAGCGAGUGAGGUUUGCGCCUACAUAAUUAUAGGCAACCCAAAUCUACGUCUGCCGUGUACCCGACUGUUUAAAGGGUUCGCAUAUGUAUGAUUGGAAUGCUGCAUAAAACUACAUAAUCUACAUAUUUAAUUUUUUUGCUUAAUUGCAGAUCUUUUUCGGUAAAAAAAAACCUGGAAAUAACCAAACUAUUUUAAAAUAAACGUGAAAAAUGAGGAUGAUUUCGGUAUUUCGGAAGGUCCAUUUCAGUAGAAAUACCGAAAAAUCUGUAGGUUCGGCAACACUCGUACAGCUCGCGACGUUUCUUACUACCGCCAAUAGAUGUUCUGUGAUGUUACUUAUAACGUCACACUUGCUGUGAUAUGUGCGCCUCUAAAUUCUGCCAGGAGUGUUUGAGAAUUUAUUAUACUCGUAGAUCUUAGAGAAUGAAUUUUGUUUAAUUUGCCAAUAAAGUGUUAACAUGCGACUGGAUUGCUAAUAAAUACAUUUUGCAGUCGCCAGAUAGAUGCCAUUUUAUGGGAGCUAAAAGUAACUGAAUAAUAAGGAAGUCAACUUUUUGGCAUUUAGACUUGUGGAUGUAUCGAAAAAAUUGAUUGAGACGUAUGCGUAAACUACACAUUAUGGGUCAAUUUUUUUCUAGGAUUGUGUAGUAGCUCAAUAAUGUACAGUAUAGGACUAUAGCGAUGUCACCCCAUUAAUAUUUCUUCUUAAAAGACUUGACGAUAUCAAUCCGUGGGCUCGGUUUCUUUUCACCAGUUGUGCACACCAUGGACGAACAUCCGAACGCUACAGUGAAAACUUGAAUGGUACCGCGCCAGACGCAUUGUCAUAAACUAAUCCAUUUGGUGUGAACAGUUCGAUGGACCUUUAGUUUUUAAAAAAAAUUAUUCUAUAGUUACAAAAUUAAUUUACAACAAAGAAGCGGAUGCAGACAAAAAAAUCAUGUUCAGCUUGUGACAUUUCUUAUGGACGCUGACUGUACAUUUUGUUAGAUAUCGCACGGGAAUAGUUUUAUCAAGUUCGAGCUUCAAUUUUUAUAGAAAUAAGGUUGACGUAUAAAGUAAAGACUGGAUAUUCAGAUCGUAUACAAUAAUACAUACAGGGUAAGUAGCAAAUUCAUGACUGUGUUAUGUGUCGUAUUGCGAUCUCAAUGGUGGCGAAUGUUACUUGUUUCCUCAUUUCAUAAAUUUUCAAUUAAACCACAGGCAUGAAUUGAAUCUCCCUGUAUAUAAUAUAAUCCUUUUUAGUAGUAUUCAUUAUGUAAAAGCUAAAUUUUUAUAUAUUGAGGAAAAUAUCCUCCUCGCAGGGCAUUGAUUAUUAUUAUGAUGAGCAUUGAGAAAAUAUGUGUUUAAUAUACGAAUACUUCUAGAGGAUUGAUCAGGCUUAUGACUGUACAUUUAUGAUCAAAAAAUAAGUUUUUGUGUUUUGUGAUAAUAGUCGCUUUUAUUUUGAAGGUAAAUGACACCGAUUCACCGCAUUACUUAUGGAUAUAAUGAUUAAUUUUAUGUAUCUAGUCAAAUAAACUUUUUUC